CUCAGCAUCAGAACUUUAGAAUAUGUUUUACUGGUAAAKGCMGUGGUUUUCUUCCUUCAGCUGUSUUUGAUCAUACUUAAAUCUAAGAUUUACAAAUGGAAAUGCUUCCGGAAGGAUUUUAUCGAACUGAAUCCAAUAAAACAAUUUGGGAUGUGCCUGAGAAGUACCAACGAUUGAGUCCCAUUGGUACAGGUGCUUACGGUCAAGUUUGCUCCUCUGAUGUUAUCACACAAGAGGUUYGUGAUGAAAAGAAAUCUGUUGCCAUUAAAAAACUGGCAAGACCGUUCCAGUCUCCUAUGCAUGCAAAGAGAACAUACAGGGAGUUGAGACUGCUACGUCAUAUGAAACAUGAAAACGUGAUAAGCCUGUUAGAUGUGUUCACUGCAUCAUUGACAUAUAAAGACUUCCAAGAUGUGUACAUGGUGACAGARUUGAUGGGAGCAGAUCUUAAUAGUAUAAUUGACCAACUCACAAAGAUAAUGAAGCUCGUAGGCAAACCAUCUACAGAAUUCCUGAAAAAGAUUGUCAGUGAUUCUGCAAGAAGUUACAUAGCAUCAAUGCCAGAUUACAAAAGGACUCCAUUCAUUGAGUACUUUGUUGGGGCAAAUCCAUUAGCUGUGGAUUUGUUAGAAAAGAUGCUGGAUCUUGACAAUGAUGAGAGAAUUUCUGCAGAACAGGCAUUGGGUCACCCUUACCUUUCGACAUUCGCAGACCCCAAUGAUGAGCCCACUUGUGAAAAAUUUGAUGAAUCAUUUGAAGAAAAAGAACUAACAGUUGAGGAAUGGAGGAAUCUUGUAUAUAAUGAAAUAAUGGACUUCCAACAACACAAACAACAACAAGAACAAGUAGARCCRAUGCARGAAAUGUAGUGCUAUGGAACCUUUCCUUCCAGAAUAAGGAUUGGUUACAUAGUCCUAUGAAGCAUGACAAUAAUGUGAAGUGGUUCUAGAAGCCUUACUUCAACUCUUUAGAGGAAAUUGAUAUAUUCAAAGUCCCACAGCGGAAAAGACAAUGAUACUUGUAAUAUGUGGUCAGUCAGAUAUGAAAAUAAACCUAAGAACAUAAUGAUUUUAA